GUGCGGCGGGCGGAAGUGGCAGCCCGGCGGCCUGAGGCUGAGGGAUAUACAUCAGAAGAAACCAAAAUCCAGCUGGAAUAGUUCCCGGAUGAGAUUUUAUUCCUGUUUGCAAUUGUUUUGAAGGGCGGAUACCCUCUGGAUCAGAAUUAAAAUGCUCUGGUUUCAAGGAAAUAGCCUGCACAUUGUCAAAUCCUCCUUUCGACUCUUGAGAAAUCUCUCUGCUUCUAACACAGCUCUGCCUGUGCUGACCUUAUUCACAAAGGACCCGUGCCCACUGUGUGAUGAAGCUAAGGAAGUACUCCAGCCUUACAAAGACAGGUUUAUUUUACAGGAGGUGGACAUCACACUUCCAGAAAAUUCUACUUGGUAUGAAAGGUAUAAAUUUGACAUCCCUGUCUUCCAUUUGAAUGGCCAGUUUCUGAUGAUGCAUCGAGUAAAUACCUCAAAGCUUGAAAAACAGCUUCUGAAACUUGAGCAGCAGGUGCUGGAGUCAAACUGAUGUCUUCUGAUUGGUGCAAGUACCCAGAUGAGAAGUUUACCUACAGGCAUCUUGUGAACUAAGAAUACACUGUAGAGCGGGGGAAGCCGUAGGAACGAAGAGGUCUAUUUGUUGAGUUUAUUUUUUCCUUUUGUGACCGUGGAAGCACUUCUCAUGCACUGGACAGGGCCCUGACAGGGGGCAGGCUCUGCAGUCCUGCUGCCAAGCAGCCCUGGAACCUAACUUUAGUGGAGUAAGUGCUCCUACACUCAUUAAAGUGGAAUGUGAAUCGUUAAUAACUGUGCAUAGUUGAGAAAGGGAUGUUUUAACAAACACGUCUGCAUGCAGCCUAUUUCAGUGGAAUUUAAUAAUACCUGUUUAAAAUUAGCGUUCACUUUUGUUGGGUAGAAUAGAAUAAUUGUCCUAGCCAAAAAGGCUUCACUUCAGAAAGACAAAAGAGACUUAAGCCUACAGACUGUAUAGAGCAGACUCAGCUGUACAUGUCAUCAUGGGAUUGAUUUGUAAUGUUGAGGACUGCAGUAAGUUAUUGUUAAUGAAGUUAAUUCAAUUAAUUGUAAGAUAGUAACUUUGUCAAAUUUUUGUAUCUUGGAAAAUUUUAUUUUAAUCAUAACUGAACAUAUCUAAGCAUAAAGUAUCAUUUUAUGCAAAGUAUUAAACAUGUGGUUUUGUACUCUGA